AUUAACAUCUAAACAAGCAAUAUUACCAUCGGGAGAAAGGAAAAAACAUGGCCGAGUUAGUCCCCUCGAAGUUCCAAGGAACAUCUCCGGUAGAUAUUCCUAUCGUCGAUCUAAGUAACAACGAAGACCUAGUGGCACGUGCGGUGGUGAAAGCAAGCGAGGAAUGGGGGAUGUUUCUGGUGGUUAACCACGGGAUCCCAACCGAGCUGAUGCGGCGGUUGAAAGAACUUGGGACAGAGUUCUUUGAGCUGCCUGAGAAGGAGAAGGAAGCCGUAGCUAGGCCAGCUGAUUCUAUGGACUUAGAAGGAUACACAACGGAUUACGAGAAAGAUAAAGAAGGUAGAAAAACAUGGGCUGAUCAUCUCUUUCACAGAGUCUGGCCAGCGUCAAGAAUCAACUACAGAUUCUGGCCUAAGAACUCUCCAGAUUACAGAGAGGUGAAUGAGGAGUAUGCAAGGGAGAUAAAGAAGCAGUCGGAGAAGAUCAUGGGGUGGUUAUCAGAAGGAUUAGGGUUACAUCGUGAUGCAUUGAAGGAAGGUCUCGGCGGAGAAACGGUGGAGUAUCUGAUGAAGAUAAUUUUCUAUCCGCCGUGUCCAAAACUCGAACUGCUCUACGGAGCUCCUCAUCACACAGAUCUCAAUGGAAUCACGUUCUUGAUCGCUGAUGAGGUAGAUGGACUUCAGGCGUACCAGGAUAACAAGUGGGUCGACGUCAAGUAUGAUGACUCCAGCAUCGUCGUCAUCAUUGCCGAUCAAAUCAAGAGGAUGAGCAAUGGGAGGUAUAAGAGUGGGGAGCAUAGAGUGACGAUGGAUACGGUAAGGACGAGACUCUCGUGGCCGGUGUUCGCGGAACCGAACCUUGAUCAUGUCGUCGGACCUUUGGCGGAGCUAGUUAUUGACGAUGCUCCUAAGUUUAAGCCUUAUGUCUACAGAGAGUACAAGUAUCUUAAGAUGAACAAGCUUCCUAUCGACUGACGCUAAUCUCAAUGAACGACUGUUUCAGUUAAUUGAUGUUGGAAGUUUCUGUUAAUUAAUUAUCAAUGUACUAUAUGCUUUUAUAAAUAAAUGCUGAAGCUCCGGUCUUUUAAUCUAUCCAUGUGAGAAAUGA